CAAGAGCAAUUCAAGAAGAUUUCCAUCGCCUACUCAGUCCUCAGCGAUCCGAAUAAGCGUAGGCAGUACGAUGUGAGCGGGCCUAGCUCUAGUCAGUUAGACUUCGAAGGAUUCGAUGUAUCCGAAUUAGGUGGAGUAUUGGCUCAAGCUAGGCAACUUUGCGAGGGUUCAGCCUGUGAUGUGGAAGCCCGACCAAUUGCACCUGGUGAAAGCAUUUCGGCUAGCAUCGCGAAACAGGAAGGUGCGUUCUACAGCAUUGAAAUGAAGGAAGAGUACAGACAGCAUGGCAUUUGUAUUGUUUGUAAGUCGGCUUCGUCGAGCAAGUUCAAGCUGGUCCUGUUUGACAAGGAAGGAGGUGUACGAUUGAUUCAGGAAAGCCAAAAGAAGAAGUCUGCGGGUACACAAGCUGAAAUGUUUUUCGUACCAUUUACCAUAGCAAACCUAGGAGAAUUUGUACCGCUGAAGUUCCACAUGGAAGACAGGGACACACCGUUGGCGUUUCACUACUUGGAUACUCUUGAAACUCAAGUUGCACAUUUACUUGAUACACGGAAGCACAUCCUUUGUGUUUAUGGAGACAACUGGUUGAAUGCAGUCAAAUUGUUAGCUGCAAUUAUAGUGGUCGUGCACCAACCCGUUUUCAGAUACACCAUCACGUUUAUGCCAAUUUCUGGCGACAGCAUGGGGCCAUUUGAGGAAAUCAUU